GCAUCGAACGCAGCGUGUACAUCUGCAGUCGGAACAAAGCGCACGCAGGUGUCCUCUCCAAAUCUCUGCAUAUUUUACGCGCACAAUUGUCUUUCUCGCGUCGCCAAACGUCGCCCUUAAAAGCGUCGCAGCGCAAACAUGAUUAUCUGGAAGGAAACAAGGAUUCACUGCAGACGGACGUGCCGGGAGACUCUGAUGUGGAGAUGAAGGUCCAAUAAUCCGGCCGGUGAGGUGCUGAGCGUCGACAGCGCGACCGAGCUCCGCGCGUUCACGUGGAACCUAUAAACGGAGCGCGGCGCGCAGAGCCGCGAGAGGAGAACAGGAUCGUCGUGGCAGAGGAUCUGUGGCGCACCGAGAGAGACCACCUGGCAACACGGACACACCUGCAAAAUGCUCACAACGCUCUCAUCAAAAACAUCUGGAUCUCUACUUGUAACUCGUCUCUGCCAAACUUUGACGUCCAAGUCGCUGUGAGAGCCGCAGACUGCAGCCAUGCAGCUGAAUGAGACCGGAGUUCAAACACAGAUCCUUCAGGAGGAAAACACUGGAAACUGUAGCGGCGGCUCCACCACCAACCUGUCGCUGCACUGCUGGCUGCAGCUCCUCACCAGGGAGUCCGUCAUGGAAUUUCAAGGCGACGGCUCCAACCUGGUGGUGCGCGUGAUGAUAGCUUGUGUCUACUCCAUCGUCUGUGCACUCGGGCUGGUGGGCAACUCGCUGGCUCUCUAUCUGCUGCACUCGCGCUACAGGCGGAAGCAGUCGUCCAUCAACUGCUUCGUGAUGGGGCUAGCCGUCACUGACCUCCAGUUUGUCCUGACUCUCCCUUUCUGGGCCGUGGACACGGCGCUGGACUUCCGCUGGCCGUUCGGCAGCGUGAUGUGCAAGAUCAUCAGCUCCGUCACCGCCAUGAACAUGUACGCCAGCGUGUUCUUCCUCACCGCCAUGAGCGUGGCGCGCUAUUACACCAUGUCCUCCGCGCUGAAGAUGCACAGCCGGCGGGCGGCGGCCACCAGGGCCAAGUGGACGAGCCUGGGCAUCUGGGCCGUCUCUCUGCUGGCCACUCUGCCCCACGCCGUCUACUCCACCAGCGUGCAGGUGUCGGAUCAGGAGCUGUGCCUGGUGCGCUUCACGGACUCCGGCAGCUGGGAUCCCCAGCUUCUUCUGGGUCUCUACCAGCUGCAAAAGGUCCUGCUGGGCUUCCUCAUCCCUCUGAUCAUAAUCACCGUCUGCUACCUGCUGCUAUUGCGCUUCAUCCUCGGCCGACGCAUGGCCGACGCCGGGGGCCCGGAGGUCGAGCGGGGCCGGCAAAAGCGCCGCUCCAAAGUGACCCGAUCCAUCGUCAUCGUGGUGCUGUCGUUCUUUCUGUGCUGGCUCCCCAACCAGGCGCUGACGCUGUGGGGGGUGCUCAUAAAGUUCGACCUGGUGCCUUUCAGCAAGGCCUUCUACAACGUGCAGGCCUACGCCUUCCCGCUGACCGUGUGCUUGGCUCACACCAACAGCUGCCUCAACCCCGUGCUCUACUGCUUGAUCCGCAAGGAGUUUCGGGCGGGCCUCAAGGAACUUCUCCUGCGCGCCACGCCGUCCUUCCGGAGCCUGACUCGCCUGCUGCGUCGCAAGGCCAAAGUGUCCGAGGCGCCGCCUGUCCUCGUGCUGGUCCCAACGGACGCCUGACUGGGCUGUUGGAGGACUCACUGGGUAAACAAGCUAAAGCCCCCUGCGAUACUAUCGAUCUGGAGUCCAUCUCGAUCCUGUCAACAACGUCGCUCUGGUUCUUAAAAACAACAUAAUCUUAGUGGACUACCCAGUGGGACGUGUCCCGCUUUCACUGCAGAGGACUUUGAUGAGCUCAACCUCAAUUCAUGCGCCUACGAUCGACCGUCUGCUACACUCAUUACCAAUGAGACCUUUAGUCAUCCAGCUUUCCCACCGUGAUUGGAUGGAGGAUUCACUACAAUGGAUUGUGACCGUGAAGGACGAUGGAGGAUACGAGUAUGACAAGUGGGGGGUUCCUGGUGUUCUGGCAAGUGUUUUUAUUGAUUCGAUGGUGUACCUGUUUUAGGUUUUUCAGUGAAAGGGCACUUUUACAAGGUUUGACCAUAAUGCACCUCAGUGUAUCGUUAGUGAGAUGAGCGCUGUUCUUCGAUGAACCUGAGUUGAGGGAAUUCAAAUUAGAUUCAUACCCUUGUGCGACACAUCUUACGCUGGUCACACGUGGGCUGAGCACUUAGACUGUAAUGUAUGCGCACCAAUAGAAACGUUUAUGCUCACUAUGACUCCCACGCACACAUGCGUGUGAGCAUAUCUGGGUGCAGUUUUCUCAUAGUAGAUGUGUCACAGGGUGAAUCAUU